AUGGUUCCUUAUAAAGCUGCCGUUCUGAUGCUCCUUCCGCUGUUGCAGGGGAGCAGUGCAUCGAAUCCGAUCCAGGGCCCGAUUACCGGGGAUACCACGAAGUGUGAAACUUCCAUCCAUCCCCAUGUGACGGCCAUCCAUGCCGAUAUCGUGGCUCCGAGUGGCUCGACGGCUGUGGUCGAGUUUGUGUCGAUCACUUCUGGCAAGGGAUCCACGACGAAGGCAUCGACCUCAACUCCUUCGACUACCUGUUCGUCGACUCGCUGCCCGGUGACCCUGAUACCGGUCAGCUUUCAUCCUACCAUCUCGACUUAUAUUCAGCACCUCACGACCACCUUCACGGUUCCCGCGAGCUCCACGCCGUUCCUUGCAUUCCAUUCCAUCAAGCAAAGUGAGGAGGUCCAUCCCGCGGACAUCAAGCCCAAAGUCUGGGAUGCGCCGGGAGAGAUGACCAGAAUUGGCCACGCCACUAAGGACCACCCGGUCCAAACCCACCCCGCCAAUGGCGCCCUAUCACCGAGCCACUCGAGGUUGAAGGGCACAUCAGGUGGUCAUCAGCAGGUACACCCGCCGGCGAAGUCCUCGCCCGUUCAGCAACCCGAGGUCGGGGCCUCGCCGUCCGUGAGCCACUCGAAGUUGAAGGACACCUCAGGUGUUCAUCCGCAGAUAACCCCGCCGGCGAAGCCCUCGCCCGCUCAGCAACCCAACGUCUGGGCUUCGGCGUCCUUUGAUUUACAGAAUGCUCCCGAUGCUGCUGAGAUGUCCACUAUGUUGGCCACCAUGUCGGGUCCUUCCUCCGAAGCCAUAGCUGAAAUACUAUCUAAGAUAUCCACGGAAACCUCCACAAUGGCAUUUGCGGCCUUGCAGAGCGAGUUGAGUUCUAUCCCAACGAGUUCAACGACUGGAGCCGCCGCGAUCGCCACCAAUGGAUUCGUUCUAGCUGGGUACAUGGGUGACUUGAUCAACAAGGGAAGGAGAAGUGACCACAACGACAAGGAACUCGAGUCGAUGAUGGAUGAGUCUGGCGGCCGGAUCCGCACGUACAUUGAGAACCGCAAGAGCGAGGACAACUCGGGAGGGGGCUCCUCCGAGGGCUCCAGCUGUACCUCUGGCGGCGGGCUACUCAGUCUGCUGAAAUCGGCCUCGUGCUUUGUAAAUGAUCUCGGCAAGGGUAUCAGCGAGGCGAAAGUCGGCCCUCCAAGUUUCCUCGAAAACACCAUCGACAGCGCAUGGGACUGGGUGGAUAAUGAUAAAGUUGACAAACCGGAGCCAACCACAGCAUCCCUGACCGUCACAACCCAUUCAUUGUCGGUAGUCGCUUUGCACUCCGCCUGUAAAGCACAUCUGACGGCGAAUGCUCUAGCGCUCUUGCUAGCGGCGUUAAUGUGA